AUGGCUGCAAGCACACCCAAAAUGGAGGACAGUCUACACCAAAAGAAUCUGUUUCCCUACGAUCCUAAUGUUCUUCUGAACCGUGAUAAAAUGAGAUGUUGCCAACCAAUGAGGCCAAGUCCCGACGAAAACUCUUUAAGUCAGGCAAGUGGGCCACAGUCAGACAAUGCUGGAAAGAGUGCUUUGAGAUCCUCAUGA